AUGACGACAGAUGCUACGUAAAAACAUGAGCGCCACAGCUCGGCAGCUGCGGUUGAAUUGCCGUAGCCAUUUGUGCGUUCCCGCCACGUGUAUGCGCGACGGAUACGCGGAGCUGUUAAUUUGUCUCGCACUUACUCAUUUUGGAGUAAUUUUUGAUCACACAAACGCUCGGUGUGACGCUGGGGACAUUAUGAAAAUACAGUGACGAGAUCCAACGUUGUUUCCAAGAAUCUCCUACAUCAGGAUGAAGGGACGAACAGAUGCUCCUCUAGACCGGGGCUGCUUGGUGGGAAUCAGUUUCUUCAUUCUGGGCCUGGGAACACUGCUACCAUGGAACUUCUUCAUGACUGCUUCAUUGUAUUUCCAAAGUCGUCUAAGCACGGUAGAAUCGGGCAACGGCACAGAGGUGGUCCUCGAACAGAACUACUUCAACAACUGGAUGACCCUGCUGUCCCAGCUGCCCCUGCUGCUGUUCACCCUGCUCAACUCCUUCCUGUACCAGAGGAUAUCAGAGAUGAUACGUAUCGGAGGUAGCCUCGUUUUUAUACUGCUGCUGUUCAUCCUCACAGCAGCGCUGGUCAAAGUGCCGAUGGAGGGAAACCUCUUCUUCUCUGUUACCUUGGCGACGGUCUGGUUCAUCAACUCGUUCGGUGCCGUGCUGCAGGGCAGUCUGUUUGGCCUGGUGGGUCUGCUGCCCCAGAAGUACAGCACCAUCUUCAUGAGCGGCCAGGGCCUCGCCGGGACCUUCGCUGCCAUCGCCAUGCUGCUUGCCAUAGCCAGUGAUGCUGACUCUGAGACAGCAGCAUUGGGUUACUUCAUCACACCGUGUGUGGGGACAGUGGUCACGCUCUGUAGCUACCUGCUCCUGCCUCGCCUGGACUUUGCCCAGUAUUAUCUGAAGAAAAGCAGCAAGUAUGAGGCAGGCACCACAGACGAGCUGCUGCAAGAGUGCACCACAGAGAACGGCAAAUUGAACGGCCAUGCUAAUGGAUCAGUGCCCAGCAGCACAACCAAAGACAGCAGUCCAGAUGACAUCGAGGUGGAGUCCAGCUUAGACGGGACCAGGCAGGCCUUCCUGCCACAGGAGCAGGUGGAGAGGAAACAAGCCAAAGCCUCGGUCAAAGAGGUGUUCAAAAAGAUCUGGGUGAUGGCGUUCUGUGUGACGUUUGUGUUCACAGUCACCCUGUCCGUCUUCCCCGCCGUCACCGCAGAUGUCAGAACAUCAUUCCCAGGAAAAUGGGAGCGCUUCUUUAUCUCGGUCUGCUGCUUCUUGAUGUUCAACAUCAACGACUGGCUCGGCCGGACCAUCACCACCUUCAUACGCUGGCCUCGGAAAGAGUCUCGUCUGUUCCCGGUGCUGGUCGUGUGCAGGGUGGUGUUCAUCCCUCUGCUCAUGCUCUGUAACGUCCAGCCUCGCAGCUUCCUUCCCGUCUACUUCCCCAACGAUGCCGUUUUCACUGCUAUCAUGGUUGUCUUUUCUCUGUCCAGUGGCUACUUUGUCUGCCUUUCCAUGUCCUACGCACCACAGUUAGUGGAGCCUAAGGAUGCCGAGACCGCAGGAGCUCUGAUGACCUUCUUUUUGGCCCUGGGUCUGUCCCUGGGAGCGGCCCUGUCCUUCCCUCUGAGAACUCUGGUGUAGUGUCUCUCUCUGUUUCACUCACACUCAUGUUUGUGCAGCUAUCCUUAUUAGGACAUCACAUCGCAUUCCAUUUAUUGCGGACGGCCAAAGUUUAACCCAGAAGGUAGUGGUUAAUGCCGCCGCCCCCACCUCACAAUUCGUAUCAUUCACCCCCCCCACCCCAGCCUCCAGUACCACUGCCUUAACCUAACUCCAGUUCACAGCUCACCACUAACCCUUUGCCUCAUGAGGACCCAACUUUGGUCCCCGACAAGAUCUGUGUUUAUACCAGAGCAGGAGCUUAAAAAAAAAAAAAAAAAAAAAAAUGGACACAGACUCACAGCAGAAGACACUCACACAUACCUGGAGGUGAAAAUAUGAUAAUGUUUUAUCAUCAGUCUGCCUCUCCUCUUCUGUCUUGUUUUUUUUUUCCAUACCUGCUGGUUUUGUUAUACAAUGUAUUUCAGUUUUUUUUAGGGCAUUAUCCACAGCUGAUCAUAUAUCGAUAAAGGGAAACCUUAAAAAGUCUCCUUUCCAUUUGCUGCAAUCAAGAGGACUUGCUGGACAUGUUGGACAUUUUGCCACAACUGAGCUUUGUUUCCACUCCAGUUGUUUGGCUUUUGAUAGCUUCAGUAUAGCGGUAGAACGAAUAGCUGUUUGUUUUAAAGUGAUGUAAAUUACCAGUGGAAGGUUAAUGACAUACCUCAUGGCCAUGGAUGGAUAACUGAUGGGGCCCAAAAUGGGCACAAGCUUGGGAGGGGGGCCAAGGUAUCGGGGGGCCAAAGCCUCUGUUUGAGGUGACUUUCUUGCUGAAACAUCAGACGACUACAAAGACACAGACUUCCAAUCCAAAAUCCAUUCAUGGUCAUGGGGCAGUUUGCCAGUUAGUUUUUUUUUUUCUUCAUCAGCCAGUUUGUCCUCUACAAACUUUCUCUAGCAUCUAGGUUCUGCUGCCAUCUACUGGCCAAACAACGUAUGUCCUUCAGAGGUACAUAAAAAAAAUGCUGAGACAUUGUCAGGUUUAUUGCACCUGCUGAUAUUUGUUUGUAUUUUUAGGGUUCAGGUUUACAGGUUAUAGGCUGAGUAUGACUGAAUUCUUCUGUUGACAUGACCCCAGCCUGGAGGUCCAGAGUGGGUUUACUUUCCAUUUGUUUCAAACCUUCAGCUUCGCCUGAGAACACGUGACAGCUGCUGCUUUCUUGUUUUAAGGUACCGGAGUAGUGACGUUGUUGUUACAGUAAGCCAUUAAAAACAAUCCAAUCACCUGUAAAUAUCAGAGUAAUUGUGGAAGAAAAUAUUUAUAUUGGCUCUCUAACAGUGUGAGACGGUUUUGGAUUUUUACAAACAUUGUGCAAUGUGCCAUGUUCUAAUAACUUCAUUAGUGUUGGGACCUUUUCUCACUGUAGUAUGAAAAAUAUUUAUGAAAACUGACUUUUUUUUUGUUUUCUUUCGUGCUCAAUAAGCCUUCACUUUUCUGCAUAUUGUUUGUUUUUAUACUCACUGUAAACAAGGAGUUUCACAGCUGGUACGUGUGCUGUGUGAGGUGUUUUGUACAUGAGAAAUGAAGAAAAUUAUUUUGUGACAGCUGCUGCUUCAAAAUGAUCCAGUGGCUGAGUCCUGGUGGACGGAGUAAAGUUUAAUUGGAUUUUUUUUUUUUUUUUUUUAAUUUUGAUUUUGAUUUUUGAUUUUUAAUUUCGACAAAGAUAGCAAUAACUGUGAACAUAUGCCAAGCGAUGCGAGCAACAUCUGACAGCAGGAAGCUGAAAGUUGUCUGUGCUGCAUCAGCAACUGAGACUUCUGAACUCAGUUCAAGUUGCAGUAAUUUUUACAUUUGGACCCUAAUGUAUGAUUUCAUGUUGUUCUUCAAGAUUACAAAACAGAUGGGGGUCAAAAAACAAAACAAAACAAAAAAAAAAAAAAAACAAACAAAAAAAAACAACAACAACCCCUUCAAAUUUCCUUUCUGUUUUUUAACCUUUUGUAAAAAGAAUGUAAAUAGAGUGAUUGGACUUGGGGAGCUUUCAGGCAGUGUACAGGUAUUCUAACAGUUUCAGCUCUGUCAUAAUCAGCCUCAAUAAUAAAACACAGUUUAAAAGUCGUUGGUUAAAUGUUGUGUUUGCAUCACGUUGGAUUGACAGUAAGUUGCCGUCUGCCUCUGUGCAAAUUAGCUUGUGCUAAGUUGCAGAUGUGGCGCAGCAGAUGUGUGCAGCUCUGAUGCUCCAGCAUCAGAGCUGCAGGUAACACAGAACUUUUGUGGGGGUUUUUUGUUAGUGAUUUCAAAGAAACGUGUCAUCGUGUUGUGUUUUUACUGAUGUGCAACCACAACAUUAAUACUCAUUGUGAUCCCAUCAUAUGCAAUUCACCUGCUCUCCAUACAAGCUGAUUCUGGUAGAAGAUGGACACGCAGAAUCCUGAACUACCACACCAUGUUUCAUAAGGGAAAUCAUUUUCAUUUUCAUAAUGUAACUGUAUAGAUCUGGCUGUUAAUAAACGGACGGUUUCAACCGGCUGUGUG